GAAGCAGCGACGAGAAGCUUCGAUUGGCUGAGACCCAGCUCUCCUCUGUCAGAGCGGCCACUCCCCCGCCGCCCCUCCCUCCCCCCUGUCAAGGGUGGGCGGGCUCUCGGCGCGUGACACGGCACGGUGGGUUCCAGUAAACUGCAGCCUGUUGCCGGGGGCAGCCCGGAGUCACUCAGACGCUCAGCGACAGGCGGCGGACGAGGAGCCGCGUUAGCGCUGUCCCAGCCAGUGACGCACCUUUCCGGGUGGCCUCAGCGCGGGGUGCCGCAGUCUCUCUGCCCCAGGCGCGGAGCCGCUCUCAUGAAGUGACUGAAACUUUCUCUGUCUCUCGUCAGUGCGCAGCCCCCGGGUGUUUGGGACCCUCCAGAGCUCGAGCAGCCAUGGCAGAAGCCCCGCAGCCCGUGGUGGACAUAGACCCGGAUUUUGAGCCCCUGUCCCGGCCCAGGUCGUGCACUUGGCCCCUUCCCCGGCCGGAGUUUAACCCGAGCAACUCGGCCAACUCGUCCCCGGCCCCCUCGCUGCAGCCGGAGCCCGCCGCGGGCAAUGUGGACUUUAUGAGCCUGCUGGAGGAGAGCGAGGACUAUGAGCCGGCGGAGGCGCUGGGGGUGUGCGGGGACUUCCAGUGCCGGCUGCAGCAGCAGCACCCCCAGCAACAGCAGCACUCCCAGGCUGGAGCCCUGCAUGCCCCUCCAGGUGUGCCUGCUCUGUCCCCCGCCUCCUCCCCGUCCCCCCUGGGAGCCCAGCAGCCCCGCAAGAGCAGCUCCUCCCGCCGCAACGCCUGGGGAAACCUGUCCUACGCCGACCUGAUCAGCCAGGCCAUAGAGAGCUCCCCAGAGAAGCGACUGACCCUCUCCCAGAUCUACGACUGGAUGGUCAAGAGUGUCCCCUACUUCAAGGACAAGGGGGACAGCAACAGCUCUGCCGGCUGGAAGAAUUCAAUCCGACAUAACCUAUCCCUUCACAGUAAAUUUGUGCGGGUACAAAAUGAAGGGACUGGUAAAAGUUCCUGGUGGGUCCUGAAUCCUGAAGGUGGAAAGAAUGGCAAAUCACCAAGAAGACGAGCCGCUUCAAUGGAUAACAACAGCAAAUUUGCUAAAAGCAGAGGAAGAGCUGCCAAGAAAAAAGCCUCCAUCCAACAAAGUCAAGAUGGGAGUGGAGAUAGUCCUGGGUCACAGUUCCCGAAGUGGCCGGGAAGCCCCAGUUCCCACAGCAACGAUGAUUUUGAAGCCUGGAACACAUUUCGGCCAAGAACCAGUUCCAACGCCAGCUCAAUCAUGCCAGAAGAGGAAGAUCUCGGAGAUUCUGAUGUGCACAGCCUGGUGUAUCCACAAUCUUCUACAAAAUUGGCCUCUACCUUGCCAAGUCUAUCAGAGAUUGGAAACUCUGAAAACAUGGAGAAUCUAUUAGAUAACCUGAACCUGUUGUCUCCCAACACCUCGUUGACCGUUUCAACGCAGUCCUCACCCACCUCAAUGAUGCAGCAGCAAUCUGGUUAUUUAUUUACAUCGCCAAAUACAAGUAUGGGGUCACCUGACUCUGAAUACAGAAAGUACAGUUAUGCUCAAGCUAGCAUGAACUCUAUAUCCCAGAUGUCUAUGCAAAGUGUACCAGACAGCAAACCAGGUUAUAGAGCUGUGGGCCCAUACAGUGUUCCUGCUGGACUUCUAAAGGAACUGCUUACUACAGAUUCUCCACCACAUAACGAUAUAUUGACCCCAGCAGAGUCUACAGUCUCACAUGGCAGUAGUAGGGUUGGGUUGGGUCAGAAUGUCUUAAUGGUAUCUAAUUCUGGAAUGCCUGUGUACGGCAGCCAUCCACCCCACAGCAAAAUGAACACUAUCCCCCAUGCACAUCAGCCACAUAAUCAGCAGACGUCUCUCAAUGGUCGUGCCUUGCUUCAUACCGGCAGUACCAUGACACACAGUGCUGGCAUUAACCGCCUAUCAACAGUGAAAACUUCAUUACAAGUGCCUAUGACUCAACCCCUUCAAAUGUCAGGCAUGGGUCCUUACCCCGCUAAUAGCUGCAAUGGCUACGGAAGAGUCGGUAUUGUCUCCAUCCACCAGGAAAUGCUGCCUAGUGACUUGGAUGACAUGUUGAUUGAAAGUUUGGAAUGUGAUAUGGAGUCCAUUAUUCGGAAUGACCUCAUGGAGGAUGGCGAGGCAGAUUUUAACUUUGAUAGUCUAUUACCUAACCAAAGCUUUCCUCACAGUGUCACAACCACCACGCACAGCUGGGUGUCUGGGUAAAGACAGAUACAUGGCAAUGUCACAGCAAAGUACAAUGGAAGAAACCUCCAAAGAUUCUCCAGUCUAUUUUUAUCAAACCCACGGAAUAAUGGAUUUGCCCCCAGUGUAUGCCAGUCAUGUGCUGCUCUUGGACCUGUAUCACUAUGAAGUGCCAAACUGACUAGAAAACCUAAUGGAAAAAAACAGCCUGUAUCAUUGCCCCUGCUGUUUUGGUGCUUGUCUGAGCAGUAACUGCUGCUUACUAGUGUGCUGUGUGUACCUGCUUCAUUGCUCUAGGAGCCAGAGCUGCUUUGCAAACAGGCUUCUGAAUAAAAUUGUAAUGUCUCAAAGACUGGAAAACUCCUAAGCAUCCAUAGCUAUAAAUGGCCUAACGAGAAGCAUAAAGUGCCAUUUGUUUUUUUUAUAAUGCUACCCUUCUCUUUGGUAACUGCCAAAUGUAUGUUUAGCAGCAAGAAUCUAAUUUAUUUACAUUCCAAGCUAAUAGGGAUUCUCCCUGUUAUUGGACCAACAUUAAAAUAAUCCAGGGUUGGUGCUAAUCGUGUUUCUGAAACCUAAUUUGUCUGCUCUGCUCAAGACAUCCUCUCACUGCACUAGUGUUCUGUAAACAGACUACAGAAAAAAAAGUUGGCACUAGUCUUUGCCAGUGCAUGUUUGUAUUUGUUACUGAGCUGGAGCAUUGCUUGAUUUCCAGGUAUAGGAUAUAGUAUCCAAACAAAAUAAUAGAAUCAUGGCGUUCUAAUCAAUUUGGGAUGUGUUUGAAAACAUGGUGAGCAGGUAACUGUGCUGUAACUCGCAGCAACCGAAUCAGACUGUAAAUAUAGGUAGAAGAAUGUAAGAUAAUGCAGGCUGCUAUACUGUAGGUUACAGCAGUUCUCAAAGCCAGCACUCGGGGACCACUCACAUUGCAUGUUAUCAAGGUCUCUGCACAUAUGUACAAGUGAAAUAAUUACCACCUGUGGAUCUUUUAAAAUGUAUAAGUGAUUAUGGUGGAAAUUAAUCAAACCUUCUUAAAAGUGGAGACGUUGCCCAUAGCAACUAAUAUGCUUCAAGCUAGCAUUUAUAAAGUACAUUCUGUAAAAUGAUAGGUAGAAGCUGGUUGCUCUAGGCCGCUCUUUAGAAAAAGCUUGAUACAUUUCCCCCCUAAGUUGCCUCAGUUGGGUGAUGGGAAAAACAGGCUCUCUUAGAGGUUUAUUUACUAAAGGUCUAAAUUGAUCGAAUUUGAUAGAUUUCAAAUAGAUUGAAAUCACUCUCCAUUGAUGUUAGGUUUAUGGGGCUGAAACACAGAUUUACUAAAAGAUGAUUUUUAAAUGUUAGUAAAUUUGUGUUAAAGCCCUGGAAGCACAACAUCAUUUAAGAUCGAUUUUUAAUCCAUCGGAAAUUGAAUACAAUCGACCUUUAGUAAAUAUACACCCCAGCACAGGGGUAGCCAACUUUGGUCCUCAAGAUCUACCAACAGUUCAAGUUUUCCAGGCCACCUGUUGAUCUGUAGAAUGUGUCGGCAAGGAAUAAAUGCACCACAUGUUUGAAAAGUGACAGCUAGUAAUAACUGCAUCGGUGCACCAGCCAGGUGGUUUGGAAAACGUGAACUGUUAGUAGCUCUCAAGGACUAGCCUGUCCCUGAGGGCUGGGUCUGAGUAAACUGGUUUACAGCAUAGAAUUUUGCACAAUUACCUGUACACCAGCUGUAAUAAGUUUUGCUGAUUUGGUUUGUACAAAUCAUUUUAAAAAUCAGAGAAUCAAAAAUAUAUAUUCAUUUCAAGUCCCUUUUUUUGUAUGAGGUAUAAAUCGUGAAUGUGCAUUGCAGAGAGUUAUUUAUUUUUAUCUUUGUGACAUAAAAAGCAGAAAUCACUGCAGUUCUAUUAAGCUUCUACGAUUGGUAUCUUUAGGCAAAGCUUAGAAAACUAUGGUCUUGAGUUUUUGGGCUCCCCAAAGCCAUUCGCUUGGCGAUUGCAGUUGAAUGAUGCAGCGCGUGCCAAAGGUUGCCUAGACCGCUGCCUUUUCAUCCUUUUAAAUUCAGGCACAUCUCUGAAAAGCUUGAUGUUGAUCCAAUUAAAGGGUUUAGUCUAUGAGCAGUUGACUAUAGAGACUAAUAAGUUAUGCCAGAUCUUGUACAAAGUGGGAAAAAAAUCAAAUGUUUUUAAUAUCUAUGUAUAAUUUGUCUUUAUACUCUUGUUGUCGAUAGCCAUGUUUUUGAGCUGUGCCAGCAUCCUGCGAUCUCUUAUAGCACGGAAGCAUUCAGUAUUCCUUUGUCGUGUGCUUUGUACCAGCUUUUGUACCUUCAGAUUUUGGGUGCUCCCCUCCCCCCUUUGCUCAUGGUUUUUCAUGAAAGGAAAUUGGAGGAAAUCCUGUAAAUAAGAUGAAAGCAUUUCUUCCUUUUGCCUUAAAAGAAAUGUAGAAAUAUUUGUAUUGCUUGCUUGGGAGAGUCUCAUUUAAUAUAUAUUUUUAUUUUUUAUUUUUCCUCCAGCUUUCCAUAAUAUUAAUUAACAAAAUAAUAGUGCUAUAAAAGAGGGACGUCUCAUAGCCCUCUGGGAAUUGGUAAACCACAAUGUCCCUCAUACUGGUUACAGAAUGACUGAAGUUGCAGGCACACCAUUGAAGAAGCUGAGCUUGUCGUCAACUGUUGUAAAUUGAUUAGUAUCGUAAACCAUAUUUAACUAUGCCAGAGAGACCAUAAUGCAUUGAGAAAUAUCUUGCAUCUGCUGUCUGUGAUCGAAAGAUUAAAUGUUUUAUUUUCUGGAGUUCCCAGAGUGUCUUAUAAACGCUUACAUGUACCCUUCCCUGAACCAGUUUACAUUUCAGUACCUUAUUUAUCAUGUAACAUCUUAUCACGUAGUAUUUCCGUUCCGUAUCAUGGCUAUAUAGAUGAUCUUUUUGGUUUCUUUGUUUGACUUGUGGAGGCCAAACUUGUACUGUGCUGCCUUUGAAUACUGCUGUCUUAAUCUCCACCAAAGUGAUAUAUAUACUUUUAAGCACUCAAGUCAUGUGUACAAGGUUACACAUGAUGUUUUGUGUUCCUACCCUACCUUUUAUCCUCAGUGUUUCACCAUCCCGAGUCCUGGCAUUGUUCUAAGAUAUAACAAGAGCCAUGGCACAGAAUAACAGAAGAAAACGGAUGUCUGUAGUUAAAAGCUUUCCAGCUGCUGUCUAAACAUCUUUGCUAUGGGAAGCUGAGCAGCACUGAAGGUGAUUGGCAGGGGUACAGAGACCUUGCUGAACUGACUAGUAGGAGUACUAGGACAUGGUACUGUUCUUCUUGUAUGUAUAUACUGUAUACAUUUAGGUUACAGCAAAACUAUCUCUCCAAUCACCCACUAGUAAGGACUCAUUCCAAAUGCAACUCUGUUAUCUAUGUUUCUAGGUUACCAAAAGGUAACAAAAGGGCAUACUAGAUGGGUCAAGUGGUUCUUAUCGGUGUCAAAUUCUCUGAUAUUAACACCAAACAUGCCUAAUAUUCUCACAGUGAAGCUAUGUGUAAUAUAGAUCAUGGCCGACUGGGCAGAGAACAUAUGUGACACACAAUCGAUAUCUAUAGAUACAGCCUUAUAUUUGCACCAUGCAGUGUCUAGUGUGUUAUACCUGUUAGAAAGCUUCAGAAGAGAGAGAGCUUUUCUGCAUGAGCGCUAAAUGUUUAAAGGUGAGUUAUUGGCCAUCGUACGAUUACCCUUGACCAUGGAGUAGUAGAAACAUUGUGUACAAUGAGAUGAUGUAUUAAUGAUAGGUCACUAUCCGAGCAUCACAGAAGACAUUUGUAGCUGAAGCCAAUUCUGGGUAAAUGCCAGGGGUCUAGUAAACACGGCACAACAUAAUGUAAUGCUUGUAUCCAAUAGUCUUAGUUUGCGGGAUGACUUGCCUGUCAGGCUCCUAAUUUAUAUUUUGUUCAACAGUGGCUUCAGCUAAAAUCUUAUGCAGUUAUGUAUAUAACCGUCUACCCCUUAUCUCCCCUGGUAAGUAGAGUAAUGGAAGUGCCCAUCUUAAUCAAGUGGCUUGGGGGGAAGGGUCUGAAAAUGAAAAACCUACAGUAUUGGUGACCCUUUACCCAUUAAACUUGUCACUUCAAAAGCACAAUGUUAUCUUUUACUACUUUACAAAUUAAAUAUGUAUGGCCUCAUUCACUUUUUACAGCUAAAAUUAACCUCAAUUGAAAACAUUAAUCAAAAAACCUACUCUUCCUUCCAUUAGCUCAAGAGCAGAUAAGGAUCACAUGCAAAAAGCUAAUUACUCAUUAGGCAACGCUCCGUUACACCACCUCAGUGACCCCAUGUGCAUCUUCCGAUCUCACUUGGCACAUUGGAGGGGAGAUAUGCAAUUCAUGCGGUCUAAUACAUCUACCAGCUGCUCUCUUGGGGGCAGAUAUAUCAAGCCUUCUAAAGAGGAAAAGCAGAGAAGUUGCCAAUGUAGCCAAUCAGCUUCUAGAUAUAAUUUGUCAAGUACAUCCUGUAAAAUAAUAGCUGAAAGCUGAUUGGGUUCGCUGACAUACUUACAAGGUUUCAUACAUCUAUACCACGGUCAGAUUCUCAGCCAAGUGAAAGGAAGUGCUGUGGGCUACAGCCUACACACAAACUCAAAAAGAGCCACCAAGUAAGGAUCACGUCCCGCUCAGAGUACUACACAUACAGUAUUUCCCUUGUAAUAUUUUAAUCGUAAAAUUUGAGCUUAUAUUUCAAAUAUUAUGUGUUCAGUAAAUUAUAUUGGUAUUGUCGUCUUACCAGUAUGACCUCCAGCAAAGUCAGAGAAACCAGCAUUUUCAACUUAGUCCCAAUGGUGGUUCUUGAAUGGUAUGGAUGAUUUCAUCUAUGCAGCUGCCCUUUUAAUGUUGUGUUCUGUUUUCAGUAGAGAUGUAUUGUUUUAGUAGUACUAUGUAAAAUGUUUAUUUAGGCAUAUAUAGGAUCAGUUAUUAAACUUUGUUUUGGUAAACUGAAGUCCUUCUUUAAUACAAGCUAGCUACCUACCUACAGUAUGUGGACUUUUUUCUUUAUAUCAUGCCUGAAGUUCCACCUGCUUGUGCUCUCAUUUAUGGCAAAAAUCGCCUGUAGUUUGUAACUGGACACAAUGUCAUGUACAAUUUGAGAAAGCUGUCUAUUUGCAAGAUUUUGCACUAGCUGAUGUGAGCUUCAGUGUUGGCGCUUCUGAUUUUUAAUUUUUUUUUGUAAACGUGGAUCUAUCCUCUUAAAAUAACAGCGCACCCUUUGUUAAAUAUAGGGGGAGUUCUAGAUUGGACCAAUUUUAAAAUUGUAUAUAACAUUUGCACUUGUUAAACCACUGGAAAUGUUAUCAGUUUAUCUGAUAUUCUAUUAAUAUUUUUCAUUAUAAAAUUGUCAAAUCCCUUAAUUUAUAACUGAUUUUCUUUUUAUUAAUUGAGUUGUAUAUUAGAGGCUACACAGUGGUUCAUUUAAGUAAAACAGGGUUUUUUUUCCCCGUUUUUUUUUUUUGCUUUUAAACCAGCGUUCAUUCAACACAGAGUCAAUAAUUCGGCAAUAUGGCUAAUGGUGGCAUGUAAAAACUGCUUUCUUUUGUUGUGUUGCAGCAUUUUCAUGUUCCCUUUUUCUUGUCAAUUCAUAAUUCAAUAUCUGCAGACAAGUGCCUGAUGUAUUUACAGACACAAGAACAAUCUGUUGUAUGAAGCCAUAAAUGUAUAUAAAUUAUGCUACAAAUGACUGUC